GUGCACUGUGUCCCUCGGACACAGCGGAUCACCGAUCAUGGAAAGAGCUGAAGAUGUCGGCUCGGUCAUGUGAUCAGCUGUGUCCAAUCACAGCUGAUCACAUGGCACUGAUGAUCAGUGUGCCCUGACGAUCAGUGUAGCCCCAGUAGUGCCACCUGUCAGUGUCCAUCAGUGCCUUAUGUCAGUGCCUUGUGCCAGUGCCCAUCAGUGCCACAUCAGUGACACAUAUCAGUGCCUACCAGUGCACAUCAAUGCCACAUAUCAGUGCCCAUCUGAGCUGCCUUUCAGUGUCACCCAUCAGUGCCAGUCAGUGCCACCUAUCAAUGCCAAUCAGUGCCACCUAUCAGUGCUGCCAAUCAGUGCCACCUAUCAGCGCCCUUCAGUGCUGCCUAUCAGUGCCAGUCAGUGCUGCCUAUCAGUGCGCAUCAGUGCCGCCUAUCAG